GUAAUAUUAUAUAACCUUUAAUUUUUUCCGAAAAUACGUCAAAACAUUAAUAUAUUUCUGCUAUAACGAAAAAUCUUCCUGAUGAAAAGUUUAUAAAAUUAAUUGGAAAAAUGCUUCUCAAGAAAAUAUUGCAUCCUAAUUCUCUCAGUACAAAGUGCCUUCGUCAAUUCUCUGAAGCACAUCAAGCAGUCAAACCCAAUAUAAAUAUAGGAAAAAAUGACUAUAUAAGAGACGAUUAUACUAAUGUUACAGAAAAGAUUUUAUCGCAUCUCGGAAAAAAUCUCCAUCUCCAAAAAGGACAUCCCUUAAAAAUGAUAUCUCAGAGAGUUAUAAAUUAUUUUUACAAGUCAUUCAGAAACACCAGAGGUAACCCCCAGUUCUCAAUGUGGAACAAUCUCUCUCCAAUUGUAUCUAUUGAACAAAAUUUUGACAGUCUCUUCAUUCCGACUGAUCAUGUUUCGAGGUCUAAAAGCGACUGUUAUUAUCUUAAUAGACAGUAUUUACUGAGGGCUCAUAUGACAGCCCACCAAUCUGAGCUCAUGAAAUCUGGUUUAGAUAACUUUCUGAUGGUGGGAGAUGUUUAUAGAAGAGAUGAAAUAGACAGUACACAUUACCCAGUAUUCCACCAGUUGGAUGGAGUGCGUUUAAGAUCUAGAUCUGAACUUUUUCCUAAUGACGACUCCCUGGAAAUCUUUGAAUUAGGUGACUUUACAGAGAACAUAGGAUCCCAAUCGAAACAGACAUGUCACACUUUGGAAGCAGUCAAACUGUUGGAGUUUGAAUUGAAAAAUGUACUUGUACAGCUUGCGAUAAGCUUAUUUGGCGAAGACCUUAAAUAUAGAUGGGUUGAUACGUAUUUUCCUUUCACUCAGCCUUCUUGGGAGCUAGAAGUCUUUCAUGAGGAUAAAUGGAUGGAAGUCCUAGGUUGUGGUAUCAUGCGACAACCAAUAUUAACCAAUGCAGGAAUUAAUAACAAAGUAGGAUGGGCAUUUGGAAUAGGCCUAGAAAGACUAGCUAUGUGCUUAUACAAAAUUCCAGACAUUCGUUUAUUUUGGUCAACUGACACAGGAUUCUUAAAUCAAUUCAAGAAUGCAGAUGUUGAUGAUAAAGUUAUUUACAAAUCUAUCAGUCAAUAUCCUCAGUGCAUCAAUGAUAUAAGUUUUUGGUUACCGCAGGAUAAAGAAUAUGUUGAAAACGAUUUUUAUGAUUUAGUGAGAACAGUUGGGGGCGACAUUGUUGAACAAGUUAUAUUGAAAGAUGAUUUUAUACAUCCAAAAACCAGAAAAAGAAGUCACUGUUACAGAAUCGUUUACAGGCAUAUGGAACGCACAUUGAGACAAGAAGAAGUCAAUGUAAUUCACAAACAAAUUGAACAAGAAGCUAUCAAACAGCUUUUUGUGACUAUAAGAUAAUUGUUUCCAAUAAUAAAAUUUUUAAGAAUGUUAUGAUUUUUAUCGUAAGAAUAUGUACGGAAGGUUCAAGAGUUUGUAAACAAAUUUAUUAAAUUACUUUUAGGUAGAAUAAAUUACAACAAUAAGAAGACUGUAAACACA